UGACCAUCUGCUCCCAUGUUUCGUCAGCCCGUUCGUGUAUUUUCGUUUUUUCAUCGUUUCAUAAUGGACCCGAAUUUCUCUGCGGAUAUGGGACUGCGUUGCAAGGACAGCAAUCUUGAAGAAGCACCUCCGCCCUAUUCCGCUUGCUAUAAUUGCGAGCCCCCACCCUACACAAAGAGCCCCAUAAUCAUCACUUCCCCAAUUUCUUCCUUCAAGUCCAAGCCGAAACGCAAGUCUUUGCACCGUCAUAAGAACCCCGAUCUUUACAAAGACAAGCCAUAUUCGGCUGUCACGGUACAAAUCGAUCGCUUGACCAGCGAGCAGUACGAGGAAGACGAUAUCACCGGCCUCAUAGACUUGAUAGAAGUCAUCCGGAUUCAACAAUCAGGCCCCACGGAGGCUGCUCGCGCUCUUCGCAAGAAACUCAAGUAUGGAAACGUCCAUCGCCAACUGCGCGCCUUGGUCAUUCUGGAUGCUUUGAUUCAGAAUGCGGGGACCAGAUUCCAAAAAAGCUUCGCCGAUGAGCCUCUGCUGGAGCGCUUGAGAUUGCUAGCCAAAGACAACAUGAUCGACGAGGACGUUCGAAAGAAGGUCAACGUUCUAUUUCGACAGUGGGCGGUAGCAUACAAAUCGACAUCGGGCCUGGAGAGGAUUGCCAACCUCCACAAAGAGCUACCGCGAACAAGGCGGCCUCAGCCCCACCAAUCCCGUGUGGUCCGGGAAAACGAAGCCGAAGCCGAACGGGAACGAGAAAGCGCAGCAUCGCCGCCCGCAUCGCCCAGGACCGCCCGUCGACCCUCUCCACCAUCACACUUCCCAGCAGCCUCUACAUCAUCCGGGCGGACUGUGGCCGUGGGAACUGCUCCGACAUCAAGCUCAUUAUUCAAGAAAGACAAGAAAGACAAAAAGAAUCGUGGCAAGCCUUUCAAUCUCGAAAAAGAGAAGGGUCAGCUGCUUGAAACCAUUGCCGCCGCUACAGUUGCAAGCACCAACUUAUUGAACGGGCUUCAGCUUAUCAAUCGUGAAGUCCAGCGUGUGAGCGAGAAUGCGGAGGUCAUGCAGCGUUUCGAAACGUGCAAGCAACUCCGGCGCCAGAUUCUGCGCUACAUCCAGCUGGUGGAGUCUGAUCAGUAUCUCGGCAGUCUACUGAGUGCGAACGACGAGCUUGUCAAAGGCUUAAUGGCAUUCGAAAUCAUGGACAAGAGCAUCGAUGAUGACAGUGAUAGUGAUGAGGAGCAAGCUGCAUCGUCCAUGGCUGGCUUGAGCGUGGACGAAACGCCUCCUCCAAGGCCAGCUCGGCCGACAAGCAUACCCAUGCCGCCUGCUGGGAAACAGCCUGUUACUGAGCCAGAAGAAGAGGAAGACGAUCCGUUCGGUGACUCUCACGCCGUGAAGACGCCUUAUGAGCGCAAUGAGCCGACUUGGAGGGACGUUUAA